AUGUUGAUAAGGUGUCCGGCGGCACUGUGUGUCGUCGUGUUCCUAUUGGCUGCUUCGCACGCCAGCACAGAGGGCAACCUCUUCACGUGUCCAAAUGGGUGGGAGUUGAAAGGCUUACACUGUUACAAAUUUUUCAACAUCAGGCAUUCGUGGGAGAAAUCGGCAGAAUUAUGUCGAAGAUACGGAAGCGAGCUAAUGGUUGUAGAUAGCUAUAGCGAAAACAACAUGACAGCUAGUAUGGUGCCUUCUUCGCCUAGUAACAACCACUACUGGCUCGGACUCGCGACUGUUGAUGAUCUCCGAACGAACACCCUCGAAUCGGCUGGUGGAGCUUUAGUAUCUCAGUACGCUGGUUUCUGGGAUCUUAGACAACCUAACCCAAAGGACGGUGAAUGCGUGGAUGUACAUGUCUCGUCCGAUAGCCAGUCUUGGGAGCUUACCACCUGUGAAACGCUACUACCUUUCAUGUGUCGCGCUAUUGCUUGCCCAGCCGGAACCUUCCAUUGUUCUAAUGGAAAAUGCAUAAACGCAGCCUUCAAAUGCGACAAGCAAGACGAUUGUGGAGAUGCUUCCGAUGAAAUGGACUGUGCUUCCGAAUGUCACUACUACAUGGCUAGUAGCGGUGAUGUAGUCGAGAGUCCAAAUUAUCCUCACAAAUAUCCUCCUUUUAGCGAAUGCAAGUGGACUCUUGAAGGGCCACAAGGUCAAAAUAUCGUUUUACAGUUCCAAGAUUUUGAAACUGAAAAGUCUUUCGACACUGUGCAAAUUCUGGUCGGUGGCAGAACCGAAGAUAAAUCUGUGAAUUUAGCAACUUUAUCAGGAAAACAAGAUUUAUCGAAUAAAAUUUACGUAUCCGCUUCUAAUUUUAUGAUCAUCAAAUUUAGUACAGAUGGUUCGGUAGAAAGAAAAGGUUUUCGUGCAUCAUGGAAAACUGAGUCCUCCAACUGCGGUGGCAUACUUAGAGCUACUCCUCAAGGUCAAGUAUUAACUUCGCCUGGCUAUCCAAAUGGUUACCCUGGUGGUUUAGAAUGUGUGUAUGUUAUUGAAGCACAACCAGGCAGAAUAGUCUCAUUAGAAAUCGCAGAUUUGGAAUUAGGUAUGAAUAGAGAUUAUAUUGUUGUCAAGGAUGGUAACACACCAUCCAGUGCAGUUUUGGCUAGAUUAACGGGACCCGGUGAGGAAAAUCAGAAAGUAGUAAUAUCAACAACCAACCAUUUAUACAUGUAUUUCCGCACGAGUCUCGGCGAUUCCAAAAAAGGAUUUAACAUGAGAUAUUCUCAAGGCUGCAAAGCAACCAUAAUUGCAUCAAAUGGGACUGUAACAUCCCCUGCGUUUUCGCUUAAGAAAUAUCCGAAUAAUCAAGAAUGUUUAUAUAGAAUCAAAAACCCUAAUGGUGGACCACUUUCAUUAAAAUUCGAUGAAUUCAGCAUUCAUCCAACUGAUGUAGUGCAAGUUUUUGAUGGAAUGAGUACUAAUGGUUUGCGAUUACAUUCAGAAAACGGAUUCACUGUAAAACCCAGGAUAACUCUAACUGCCUCUAGUGGUGAAAUGCUGAUACGAUUUCUGUCUGAUGCUUUGCAUAAUGGAAUUGGUUGGAAGGCGACAUUCUCGGCAGAUUGCCCACCUUUACAAUCCGGUAUUGGUGCCUUAGCGUCAAACAGAGAUACCGCCUUUGGAACAGUCAUAACAUUUUCGUGUCCUAUUGGACAAGAAUUUGCCACAGGGAAAUCUCGCAUCACGACAAAAUGUUUAGAUGGAGGACAAUGGUCAACGACUUACAUUCCCAGUUGCCAAGAGGUUUAUUGUGGUCCUGUCCCGCAAAUCGACAAUGGUUUUUCAAUUGGUUCUACAAACGUAACUUACCGUGGUGUCGCUACAUAUCAAUGUUAUGCCGGUUUUGCUUUCCCGACUGGACAACCUAUCGAAAAAAUAUCUUGCUUGUCUGAUGGACGAUGGGAAAGAACGCCUACUUGUCUCGCGUCACAAUGCGUUGCCCUUCCGGACGUUCCGCACGCCAAUGUCACAAUAUUGAAUGGAGGUGGCCGAAGUUACGGUACUAUUGUUCGAUACGAAUGUGAACCUGGCUACGUGAGAUCUGGACAACCUGUUCUGCUUUGUAUGAGUAAUGGAACGUGGUCUGGAGACGUGCCUACAUGUUCAAAAGCAAUAUGUCCCAAAUUCCCUGAAAUCAAGAACGGAUAUAUUGUUGAUCAAACCAGGAUUUACAUGUUUGGAGAUGAAGCUCGUGUGCAGUGCUUUAAAGGUUACAAACUCAAUGGCCCAAGUGUGCUUAGAUGUGGACCAAACCAAGAAUUUGAUAAUCCUCCUACUUGUGAAGAUAUCAACGAAUGCGCCAGCAGUCAAUGUGAUUCUGCCUCAACCCAAUGUAGAAACACUAUGGGUGGAUUCUACUGCCCUUGCCGACCGGGCUUCUCACCAAGUUUAGAUUGUAGACCAGUAGGAGACUUGGGAUUAAUUAAUGGCGCUAUUCCCGAUGAGUCGAUAACCACAUCGAUACCAGAAUCUGGAUAUUCCAAAGGAAUGGUCCGAUUAAACAACGGGGGUGGUUGGUGCGGUGAUAACUUAGAAGCUGGUGCUAACUGGAUUCUUAUUGACCUACGUGCACCUACUAUCAUCAGAGGUUUCAGAACAAUGAGUGUUAUGCGUGCCGACGGCAACAUCGCUUUCACUUCUGCUUUAAGGAUUCAAUAUACCAACGAUCUAACUGACAUAUUCAAGGACUAUGCCAACCCUGACGGUACGGCUGUUGAAUUCCGCAUUUUAGAACCAACUUUAUCGGUACUAAACUUGCCGAUGCCCAUUGAAGCACAAUACGUCAAAUUCAAAAUCCAAGACUACGUUGGUGCACCUUGUCUUAAGCUGGAAGUAAUGGGAUGUGCUAGACUUGAUUGUUCAGAUAUCAAUGAAUGUACUGAAAAUAACGGAGGAUGUGAACAAAAAUGUAUAAACACGCCGGGUAAUUAUUCAUGCGCUUGCAAUCUUGGCUAUGAGCUUUAUUCCACAAAUGGAACAGCUGGUUUUGCAAUAGAAAAUUCAGAGACUGGUGAAAGAGACGGUGACACUUAUCAAAGAAACAAAUCUUGUGUACCCGUUAUGUGCCCACAAUUGACACCACCAGAGAACGGUAAACUAUUAUCAACAAAGACUAACUACCACUUCGGAGACAUUGUUCAGUUCCAAUGCGACUUUGGAUUUGUCAUGUCUGGAUUCUCUUCACUAUUGUGCACAUCAAGUGGAACAUGGAACGGCACUGUACCCGAAUGUCAAUAUGCUCGAUGUGUGACUUUAUCUGACGACAAGAACGACGGGUUGAAAGUCAUACGAGAUGACCCUGAAAGUGUACUCGUUCCUUACAGGGAUAAUGUCACAAUUACUUGUACAUCACCUGGGAAACAGUUAAGAAAUACACUAACAGCAUCAUUCAGACAAUGCGUGUACGACCCCAAACCGGGUCUACCUGAUUACUGGUUUUCUGGAGCUCAACCACAAUGCCCUAGAAAAGACUGCGGCAUCCCAAUGCCUACACCUGGCGCUGAAUACGGGCAAUAUGUCGAUACCAAAUACCAAAGUUCAUUUUUCUUUGGUUGCCAAAACACUUUCAAACUGGCUGGUCAAACAAGUAAACAUGACAAUGUAGUCAGAUGCCAAGCAAACGGGGUUUGGGACUUCGGUGAUUUAAGAUGCGAAGGACCUGUGUGUGAAGAUCCAGGCAGACCUGCCGAUGGUUACCAGAUUGCUAGAAGCUAUGAACAGGGAUCGGAAGUUCUGUUUGGUUGCUCCAGACCAGGAUACAUUUUGAUCAACCCCAGGCCGAUUACCUGUAUACGUGAACCAGAAUGCAAAAUUAUCCGACCUCUCGGGUUAGCGUCAGGAAGGAUACCUGACUCUGCAAUAAAUGCAACCUCUGAAAGACCUAAUUACGAAGCUAGAAAUAUAAGGCUCAAUUCAGUAACUGGUUGGUGUGGCAAGCAAGAAGCCUUUACGUAUGUUAGUGUAGAUUUGGGCAAAGUAUAUCGAGUCAAAGCUAUUCUCGUAAAGGGUGUAGUUACUUCUGACAUUGUUGGUAGACCUACGGAAAUCAGAUUCUUUUAUAAGCAAGCUGAAAAUGAGAACUAUGUAGUGUACUUCCCUAACUUCAAUCUUACGAUGAGAGACCCAGGAAACUACGGUGAACUGGCUAUGAUCACUUUGCCUAAAUAUGUACAAGCUCGAUUUGUCAUACUGGGUAUUGUAAGCUUCAUGGACAACGCUUGUCUCAAAUUUGAACUCAUGGGUUGUGACGAGCCGUCUGUAGAACCAUUACUGGGUUACGAUUAUGGAUAUUCUCCUUGUGUUGAUAAUGAGCCUCCAGUUUUUCAAAACUGCCCUCAACAACCUGUGGUCGUACAAACUGAUGUUAACGGUGGUUUACUACCAGUUAACUUUACUGAACCAACAGCAAUUGACAAUUCAGGUGCUAUAGCUAGGUUAGAGGUUACACCGCAACAUUUCAAAACACCUCUCCAAGUGUUCCACAAUAUGGUUGUUCGUUAUGUCGCUUUUGAUUUCGAUGGAAACGUUGCUAUUUGUGAAGUUAAUAUCACCGUACCAGACUACACCCCACCGAAGCUCAGUUGUCCACAGAGCUAUGUCAUAGAAUUAGUUGACAAACAAGAUAGUUAUGCAGUUAACUUUAAUGAAACUAGAAGAAGAAUAAAUGCAACAGAUGCUUCAGGAGAAGUUUUCCUCAAAUUUAUUCCAGAAAAGGCCGUCAUUCCUAUCCGCGGAUACGAAAACGUUACUGUUAUUGCCUCUGACAAAAAUGGCAAUCGAGCACAAUGUAACUUCCAAGUAUCAGUUCAAGCUACUCCCUGCGUGGACUGGGAACUUAUGCCACCAGCGCAUGGUGCUAUGAACUGCCUACCUGGAGACAGAGGAAUUCAAUGUAUAGCUACAUGUAGCCCUGGCUUCAGAUUCACCGAUGGAGAACCUGUAAAGACAUUUGUGUGUGAGAAUAAACGUCAAUGGGUGCCUUCAGCUGUCGUGCCCGAUUGUGUUUCAGAAAAUACCCAACAAGCCGCAUACCACGUUGUCUCUACUGUACAAUAUCGUGCCCUUGGUGCUGUUUCUAACGCCUGCUUACCACAAUAUAAGGACCUAGUAGCACAAUAUGACAACGUCUUAAAUGAAAGACUAUCACAACGUUGUUCUGCUGUGAAUGUCAAUAUAAAUGUUACUUUUGUGAACGUAAUCCCAAUUCUUCUUGACGAAAACGUAGUAAAAAUGGACUUCGUUUUAGCAAUAAUACCAGCUAUCCGACAGACACAGCUUUAUGAUCUUUGUGGUUCAACCUUAAACUUAAUAUUUGAUUUAUCUGUGCCAUACGCUAGUGCACUAAUAGAACCCGUGUUGAACGUCUCAUCUAUUGGUAACCAGUGUCCACCGCUGAGAGCAAUAAGAAGUUCAAUUACGAAAGGAUUUACUUGCAGCGUCGGUGAAGUAUUAAAUAUGGACACGAAUGACGUUCCAAGAUGCUUGCAUUGUCCUGCUGGUACUUAUGCUGAAGCUAAAGAAAAGACUUGCACAAUGUGUCCUCGUGGUUUCUUCCAGAAUCAGGCUCGCCAAGGAUCGUGUCUUAAAUGUCCUCAGGGAACGUUCACUAGGGACGAAGGCUCAAAAGAUAUCAACGACUGCAUACCUGUUUGUGGAUACGGAACUUAUUCCCCUACCGGUUUAGUUCCUUGUCUAGAGUGUCCAAGAAAUAGUUACACUAAUGAACCCCCAUUAGGAGGUUUCAAAGAUUGUCAAGCAUGUCCAGUGAACACAUUCACUUAUCAACCAGCUGCACCUGGAAGAGACAAAUGCCGAGCUAAAUGUGCACCAGGAACUUACUCACCUACCGGGUUAGCACCAUGUUCCCAAUGUCCAAGAAACUUCUACCAGAACCUCGUUGGACAAACAAACUGUAUGGAAUGUCCAACAAACAUGAAAACUGUAGGAUCUGGUGCGACAGGUUUAGAAGAAUGUCUGCCAGUUGAAUGUUCAAACAGUGCUUGCCAACAUGGUGGUUUAUGUGUACCUAAGGGACAUGGAGUUCAAUGUUACUGCCCAGCCGGAUUUUCAGGACGGCGAUGUGAAAUUGACAUUGAUGAAUGUGCAAGUCAACCUUGCUACAAUGGUGGUACUUGCACUGAUUUACCACAAGGAUACCGCUGCUCUUGUCCAACAGGAUACGGAGGGAUUAACUGUCAAGAAGAAAGAUCUGAAUGUAGAAACGAUACUUGUCCUGAAAGAGCUAUGUGUAAAGAUGAACCAGGUUAUGACAACUACACCUGUCUAUGUAGAUCUGGAUAUACAGGCGUCGAUUGUGAUCUAACAAUUGAUCCUUGCUCGGCUAAUGGAAACCCGUGCUCUAAUGGUGCUUCUUGCAUUGCCCUACAACAAGGACGAUUCAAAUGCGAAUGUCUGCCUGGAUGGGAAGGGCAACUUUGUGAAAUUAAUACUGAUGACUGUAUCGAAAAACCUUGUCUCCUUGGUGCACCUUGUUCAGAUUUAGUGAAUGACUUCAGUUGCGCGUGUCCACCCGGAUUUACAGGCAAACGUUGUCAUGAAAAGAUUGAUCUCUGCUCGAAUGAACCUUGCAAACAUGGAAUUUGUGUUGACAAGCUUUUCGUCCAUCAAUGCAUUUGUGAUCCCGGCUGGACUGGUCCUUCUUGUGACAUCAAUAUUAAUGAAUGUGUUAUUUCACCUUGCGAAAACGGAGGUCAAUGCAUUGAUGGCGUCGAUGAUUUUAACUGUAUUUGCGAAGCUGGUUACACCGGAAAAAGAUGUCAACAUACAAUUGACGACUGCUCAUCUAAUCCAUGCCAGAAUGGUGCUUCUUGCGUCGACCAAAUAGAUGGAUUUAUAUGUAAUUGCCGGCCAGGAUAUAUAGGACUACAGUGUGAAACUGCCAUUAAUGAAUGUUUAUCAGAACCUUGUAACAACGCCGGUACAGAAAAGUGCGUUGAUCUUGACAACAAAUUCCUAUGCCUGUGCCGAGAAGGAUUUACAGGAGAGACGUGCGAAACCAAUAUCGAUGACUGUGCUUCAGACCCAUGUUAUAAUGGAGGAUCUUGCAAAGAUGAAAUUGGAGGUUACAAAUGUGGCUGUCAACCUGGGUGGACCGGCAAACGCUGUGAAAAAGAUAUCGGCAAUUGCAUGAACAGGCCUUGUCAAAACAACGCAAAGUGUAUCGAUCUCUUCCAAGAUUUCUUCUGCGUAUGUCCUAGUGGGACAGAUGGCAAACAAUGUGAAACUGCUCCUGAGAGAUGUAUCGGAAGCCCUUGUAUGCACGGUGGCAAGUGCCAAGAUUUUGGAUCAGGCCUUAACUGCACUUGCUCAAACGAUUACACCGGUAUUGGUUGCCAAUACGAAUUCGAUGCCUGUGAGGCAGGUCUUUGUCAGAACGGAGCAACUUGUAUAGACCAAGGCCAAGAUUAUACUUGUAUUUGUGCACCAGGCUUCCAAGGCAAGAACUGUGAUGAGGAUAUCGUCGAUUGUAAAGAAAACUCAUGUCCACCUUCCGCUACAUGCAUCGACUUACCGGGCCGCUUCUAUUGUCAAUGUCCAUUCAAUCUCACAGGCGAUGAUUGUAGAAAAACAAUAAGUGUGGAUUACGAUCUCUACUUUAGUGACCCGGUGCGUUCAAGCGCCGCUCAAGUGGUACCAUUUGAUACAGGAUUCGCUGAUAGUCUAACUAUAGCGAUGUGGGUUCAGUAUACACAACAAGACGAAGGCGGAGUGUUCUUCACAGCUUAUAGUGUUAGUAACUCUCACAUAGCACUUAAUAGGAAACAAAUUAUCCAAGCUCACUCAAACGGCGUUCAAGUUUCUCUGUUCCCGGAACUCCAGGAUGUUUACCUAAGUUUCGGUGAAUUCGCAACGGUAAACGACGGGCAAUGGCAUCAUGUCGCUUUAGUUUGGGACGGCAAUAACGGCGGCGAAUUAACACUCAUCACUGAAGGUUUGAUUGCAAGCAAGAUUGAAGGCUAUGGAAGCGGACGAAAACUACCACAAUAUGUUUGGGUAACACUUGGCAAGCCUCAAUCUGACAAUCCUAAGGCUUACACUGAAGCAGGUUUCCAAGGCCAUUUGACUAAAGUACAAAUAUGGAACCAUGCUCUUGAUGUCACAAAUGAAAUACAAAAACAAGUGCGUGACUGUAGAACUGAGCCUGUUUUAUAUAAUGGCUUGGCCCUUACGUGGGCAGGUUACGAUGACCUUCUUGGAGGAGUAGAAAGAAUAGUGCCAUCGCAUUGCGGUCAAAGAGUAUGUCCUAAUGGUUACAAUGGUUCAAAAUGCCAAAAAUUACAAGUCGACAAAGAGCCGCCAAGAGUAGACCGGUGUCCUGGAGACCUCUGGGUAAUCGCAAAGAACGGUUCAGCUACUGUCAAUUGGGAUAAACCUGUAUUCAGUGAUAAUGUUGGUGUCAUUAAAGAAGUAGAGAAGUCGGGACACAGACCUGGACAAAACCUUGCAUGGGGAGCUUACGAUAUUGCUUACAUUGCAUAUGAUGCUGCGGGUAACGCCGCCACCUGUACCUUCAAGGUUACAGUACUAGCCGAAUUUUGUCCUCCAUUGCCUGACCCACUCGGUGGCUACCAAUCCUGUCGCGAUUGGGGUGCCGGCGGCCAAUUUAAAGUAUGCGAGAUAGCUUGCCGAGACGGUCUAAGAUUCUCACAGUCUGUGCCACCAUUCUACACAUGUGGAGCCGAAGGAUUUUGGAGACCAACCGUUGAUCCUGCUUUACCUUUGGUCUACCCUGCAUGUUCACCUGCAUCGCCCGCUCAACGAGUUUUCAAAAUCUCAAUGUUGUUCCCAAGUUCAGUACUCUGCAACGACGCUGGUCAGGGAGUACUUCGCCAGAAAGUUCGUGUUGCUAUUAACCAACUGAACAGAGACUGGAACUUCUGUUCUUACGCUGUUGACGGUACCCGCGAAUGUAAAGAACUGGAUAUCAAGGUUAAGUGCGACCAUCGCGCUAACGUUAGACAAACGAGACAAGUAUCAACCCCUCCCGCAGUAGCUGCUGAAGAUACAUAUGUGCUAGACGCUAUAAUUCCUGUCGAAGAGACACGAAGCAGUAGGGAGGGUCGUCAAGUGGGCGAUACGUACAGCGUUGAGAUCUCUUUCCCGUCUGUCAACGAUCCAGUAAUUCAUGGCGGUAACAACGAACGUUCUACUGUGCAACGAUUACUUGAAAAACUAAUUCUCGAAGACGAACAAUUCGACGUAAGGAAUAUUCUUCCUAACACUGUUCCUGAUCCAGCCAGUUUGAAUUUAAAAUCUGAUUAUGCUUGUCCACCUGGACAAGUUGUUAUGGCUCCUGAUUGUGUCGCUUGUGCGGUCGGUACUUUCUUGGACGCAGCAAGCGAUUCUUGCAAGCCAUGUCCACUAGGCACUUACCAAUCUGAGGCUGGACAAGUGCAAUGCAUAGCUUGUCCAGCUAUAGCUGGCCAACCUGGAGUUACUCAAGCGAGCGGAGCCCGUAGUGCAGCUGAUUGCAAAGAACGGUGUGCUGCUGGGAAAUAUUACGAUGCUGAAGCCGAUCUUUGUCGUCCGUGUGGCCACGGUUCAUACCAGCCACGCGAAGGGGCAUUUUCUUGCAUCGCUUGUCCUAGAGGUCAAACUACUCGUGCUACUGAAGCUGUUUCAGCAGCUGAGUGCAGAGACGAUUGUCCUUCUGGAGAACAACUAAGCAACGACGGUGGGUGUGAACCUUGUCCCCGUGGCACAUGGCGGGCAAAUGGAUCUGGAGCGGCAUGCGCUCCUUGUCCCCCUGGCACGACUACCCCUCAAAAUGGAGCUUCGUCUGCUGAUCAAUGCUCUUUACCUGUCUGUAGACCUGGUUUGUAUCUUAAUGUAACGCUCAACACCUGUCUGCAAUGCAGAAAAGGAACAUAUCAAUCAGAAUCCCAGCAAACUGUCUGCAUGCCGUGUCCAAUCAACACAAGCACCCGAGGACCUGGUGCUACAUCAGAAACUGACUGCACGAACCCAUGCGAAAUGAGCGGCCCUGAGAUGCAUUGCGAUGUAAAUGCUUACUGUCUUUUGAUACCAGAGACAAGUGAAUUUAAAUGUCAAUGCAAACCGGGUUACAAUGGUACAGGAAAAAUUUGCACAGAUGUAUGCCAUGAAUAUUGCGAUAACGGUGGUGAAUGUGUCAAGGACGCUCGGGGAGAACCUUCCUGCCGCUGCACAGGUUCCUUCACUGGCCGUCAUUGCAGAGAGAAGAGCGAGUUUGCGUACAUAGCCAGUGGGGUUGCCGGAGGAGUGAUAUUUAUUAUAUUCUUAGUACUACUUGUCUGGAUGAUUUGUGCGAGGUCCACAAAGAAGAAAGAACCAAAGAAGACUCUAACACCAGCUAUAGACCAAAACGGCUCCCAAGUAAACUUCUAUUACGGAGCCCACACUCCAUACGCGGAGUCCAUUGCCCCAUCACACCAUUCCACAUACGCACAUUACUACGAUGACGAAGAAGACGGCUGGGAGAUGCCAAACUUCUACAAUGAAACUUACAUGAAAGAGAGUCUUCAUAACGGAAUGAAUGGGAAAAUGAACAGCUUAGCAAGGUCCAAUGCGAGUAUAUAUGGGACAAAAGAAGAUCUGUACGACCGACUAAAGAGGCACGCGUACCCUGGUAAGAAAGAUAAGAGUGACAGCGACAGUGAAGGUCAGUAG